AUGUCGUCCAUUUUUGACGACUAUUUUCAGAAGUUCCUUUCCGAGAGCCCAAAUGAUUUCGGUUACGACAUCUACAACAAUGAUGGCGAUGGCCCUAACGACCAAGGCCUUGAUGACCUCUCUCUCAUCGUCGUUGGGGAACAAACUGCCGUUGUGCCCGUGAAUGAGGCUAAUAUGCCCAAUUUGGGCACGUUUGAUUUUAAUCUCGAUAUCUACGACAACGAUGGCAAUAGUCUUGAGGUCCGCCCCGAUGACAGUUCUCUCAACACAGUUGGAACACAAACUUCUGAAGUUACUGUGAAUGGGGGCGGAGUGCACGAUUCGGGCACGUCCACUGAGGCAGCCCAAUCUGACCGGGCGCUUGACAGCGCUGACGAGUUCAACAGAACAACACUGCAUGAGGAGCAGUUGGCCACGCCAAUCCCAUCUGGCCAAUCGAAGUGA